CGGUGAUACGUGAGUGUGUGGCGUCUGUGACAGUAAUCGCAUUUCAACACGGAACUUCUUGCCAAAUCUUUGCCGUAUUGUUACCUGGAAAAAUGGGAGGAAAGAAAAAGGCUCAGCGUACGAAGGGAAACACAAGGCCCUCCAGUAGCGGUCGUUCUGCUGACUUACUGACUAAGGAUGGACGUGUUAGUACUGGUUUUGUUGGAUUUGGAGCGCUAUCUGGUGAUUUAGGCUAUGUACCUCUACAGGGUGUGGAGGAUAUUGAUACAUCAGUUGACAGUGAUUUUAGAAUGGUAAUGAGAAAAAUAACAAAAAAGGAUGUCACUACAAAACUAAAGGCUAUACAAGAAUUCACUAGUUUAUGUAAAGACAAAGAUGAAGAUUCAGUAAAAGGAACUUUGCCAUACUGGCGGAGAUUGUAUAGUAGAACAUGCAUGGAUUAUGACAGGAGAGUGAGAGAAGCUUUGCAACAAGCACACGAACAACUGGCGUUAAAAGUACGGCGUAGUUUAGCACCGCACUUGAAAUCAAUUAUGGGGCCAUGGUUACUGUCCCAGUGUGACACGUAUGCACCAGCAGCCAGUGCAGCCAAGUCAGCAUUCAACAGUGCAUUCCCUCUUUCCAAACAAUCUGAAGCUAUUUUAUUCUGUAAAGAAGACAUACUAAUGUAUAUCCAAGAUAAUCUCUUUAAACAAACAGCUGCUACUUUAAGUGAUCCUAAGUCUACACCUGCAGAGGAGAUGGAAACAAAGUAUAAUCGUGUUAUUACAUCCUCAUUUCUUGCUUUGAACUACUUCCUGUUGUCAAUACCUAAGAAGGAACAUGAGAAUCUUGUAGAAAUAUAUCGCACAUUGUUUGAAGAACCCAAAUUCUGGAAAUAUUCAAAGAGUAAAACACCAAUGAUAAGAGGAGCUUUCUAUUCAACAAUUUCUGCAUUGUGUCAAGUUGUACCGGAGAUGACUAACAAAUAUUCAGUGAAAUUAACACCAUCAGUUCUUGGUAACUUGGAUGAUACUGAUCCAGUUGUAUGUCAGCCAUUGUGGGAAGCAGUACUAUAUGUUGUGUCAAUCAUUACGGAAUGUUGGCAACACAUCAACGUUCGGAAGGCGCUUCUACCAAAGCUGUGGUCAGUCUUCAGACAAGGUGGAAAUGGAUCUGCUUCGGUUGUUUAUCCAAAUUUUUUGCCUUUACUGAGUAAAAUACCAUCGGAAAUCAUCAGUCAAAAUGUGCAGUUCUAUCAGGAGUGGUUUGGAAAUAUGAAAACUGGGUUGACUGUAGAGCGGGUUUUGAUGAGUAGUAGCGAGUGUUCGGCCAUAAUUGUGGCUUACAUGGAGUGUUUAAGAUUAUCAUUACAAAAACAUUUACAAGACACUGCUGAGAACCGACUUAUACAGAAUUAUCUUAUCCUUGAUCAGCUGAUGCCAAUGAUAGAAACAUCAAUUGUGGAAGAGAAAACUCAGCAAUCAUCAUCUUCACUUUAUGUACAAAUCUGUGAUUUAGUGAAUUAUCUUGAAAAGGAAUCUGAUAAAGAAACCAAUCUAAGAUUAUUAGAAUUAUUUUGGGAAAAUUUGACUUGCAUUUGUGUGAAGUAUGUUAAUGAUGAUUCCAUUGCAAGACAACUGGAGAACAUGGCUUUGUUAUUAGAAUGCAUCAAGUCACCUGAUAUUGCCAGAAAGAUGACUCUCAAGAAAAGUGUCAAGGUCAAGUUUUCUGAGGAUGCUGUCAAUACUGGUGCCAGGAGGAAAACCAUGCCAACAGAUGAAGAGGAGCCAAAGAUGGUCGUGGUGGAUGACGUAAAAAGUGAGGGAAUCACACAAGCCUCUCUGCUGGAUCUUGUCUGCAAAGUAACGAGCAUUUCACUCCAAGUAAUCCAAUCAACACAAUCUCUCGUACACCAACGAUUUCUUGCACGGCUUGUGAAAAGAUUUGCUGAUGCUAAACUAUUCAAUUCUCUAGUAACAAAAAGAACUGACAUUCUAUCAGAUGAAUCUGAAUUGAAACAAGAUAUUGACAAGACAUACACGAGUAAGUUCUUUCAUAUGAUUCUACUUCCAUGGAUAGAUGAAGUGGAGAACCAUCGGGGAAUGUAUUCAGUAGAUUGCAUUGUAGAUUUGGUGUUAACAGUUAUCAAGUCUUGUCACGAUGAAGCCGAGAAGACAUCGAUUCUAAAUGAAGCCACUACGGAUUGGUGUGAUCCAGACAUUACAAGGUGGUUGAAGGGCCCGGAGUUUGGUAAAAAAUUGAUACAGGUUGCAGUACAAUUAUGUCACAAUAGUCUAACCUCUGACACUUCAGAAUCGUCCAAUGACAGUAGCUGGAUGAUAAUAAGUUUAGGACUUUCAACCAAUCAGAACCUUGAUAUUGUUAGUGACAAGCUGAAACAGACAUGGAAAGCAGGAACAAAGUCUUUGAUUUGUCAAUUUGGAGCUUUAUUAAAGGAUGAUGGAUUUCUAUGUAGAGCCGUUUCCUGGAUCAAACAAACAUUAAUGACUUGUACAACUUGCAAAAGUGCAAAUCACUUAGCGGAGUCUGCUGUUCAAUUAUGUCAUAUAGUGAUAUCUAGUCUUCCAUCUGAAGUGGACGUCGAUGACAGCAAAGAUAGUAGCAACAAUCAUAUUAUACUUACUCUAUGGGAUAUCCUACUUCCGUCCAGUGAUGAAUGGAAUGAACACAGAACGCACCUACCUAACAAUUGGAAAGCAACACUUGCAAUGAAACGUAUUAUUACAGUAGCUGAUAUCCCAGAAUCCUUCACUUCAUCCUGUUCUUCCACACCAAAAUAUAUCCUGCUCAGCAUUUUCUCAUCUGUCAUGUUUAAGAAGUGUUGUCAUAGCAACAGAAUGAUGAUGGACCUGGAUUCUGAAUCCAUCAGUAAUGUAUUAGACAUUGGAGAUUUCCUGCCCUCAGUGUUGGAGUGUGUUUAUGGUUUAAAAUGGUGUCAUUCUGUGCUUGGUUUACCUGCAUUUAAGUCACCUUAUCCGCAAGUUGUGACUGGAUAUCUUAGUGAUGUAGAAGUAUCAUGGGAAAUAUUGAGUUCUAAUCUUGAAGAAAUCUUUCAUAAUUAUCAAGCUGGCCAUUGGGAACUUCUGCUGGCAUUAACUUUUGAAAGAUCAUUACAAAAUGGUUACUUGUGGUCACAGUGUACAAGUUAUAUUAUAUCAAGCUGUAUUCAAAAUAAUAUAUUCCAGUUUGAUGUCAUCCAGUGUGCUGGAACUUUAGACAGGUUUGCAAUAUUAGAUGAUGGCAGUCUUCACACUUUACAGUCAGUAAUACCGUACAUUACGUCUGAAGAGGUUUUACAACUAAUUGAAAUAAAUGUUGCAAAACUACUUACCUGUACUGAAUCAGAAAAUACUGUAUUAUCAAGUGGCACUGGUGCACUGUCUAUCAUUAAUAAAUGUCUUCAUCACAGUACAACAAUCACGUCUGAUUUAUUGAUCAGUGCACUGGAUCAGCUUGCAUCAUUAAAGGAUGAGAUUGAUGAACUUUUCUUAUUCAGUUGUAAUAUGAAUGAGAUUACAUCAAGUAAAAUGAAUUUCAAUAUAGAAGCCGCUGAGCUGAUGAUAAGUGUUGUCAAACGUAAACCGGACGUCUUUGUUACAAAACAUUGGGAUUUUUUCAUGUGUAGUCUUGUCUCGUGGAUACAGAGCUGUGCAGAAAGUCUUAGGAAUGAACCAACAAUCUUGUGUCAAGUGUUCAGCUGCUCUGUACUUGAUUUAUUAUCUGCAGUUAGUGACUAUAUACAAAGUGGUACACAUACCCUGAACACCAGUCAAAUCAGCGAAUGGCAUGAAUUCUUUAGUGACAACGCCUAUACUACACUAUUUCCACUCUUUAUCCAUAUUAUUGAUUGUCUAUCGUCAAAGGAUGAAUGUGAACUCGAUGAUGAAGUUAUUCAGUCGCUAUGUGUUGCUAUGACUGGUAUUACAUCUCAACAGAUGAAGGAAUCUAAAAUAACAAUGAAAUUACGUGUUGAUAUUUCACACCAUUUACCUGAUGAAAUUCAAUCAUUGCUCAAUCAUUUAUGUCCUUUGAUGAUACUGAAAAGAAAAGAUGUACAAGUGACUGCAUGUCAGUUACUGUUAAAAUUGAUACCAGAACUACCAAAACUUGAUGAAAGUCUUUUGCUUGAAAUUGAAGACAAGGAUGAAAUAGUAUUAUUUCCAACUGGUGCCGUAAUGGAGGUGUUGAAUGCAACGUCAGAUUACUUGGACGAUUUUUUGUCUCCUGUUAGAGUUGGUGAUUGUGUUUUUAUUGAGGCUUAUAGUGAUCAAUAUCAUUAUACAUUCGCAUAUCUGUCAUCAUGGAAUCUAUUGUUGGCUUUCUUCAAAAGUGCAAAAGCUGAGUUAAGAGCUGGUUAUGCUGCAUAUCUUCGAAAGCACAAAAUGGUUGAUAGUUUAUUAUCUAAUUUAUUUCGACUGAUGCCAAUGGUGCCAGUAGUAUCAACAGAUGCUGCUGUCACUAAGACGUCUAUGUUUAACAGUCUUCCACAGCUUAAUAUAAAAGGUAAAUGUCCAGAGACUGAGAUCCAUCAUCUUGCUUGUGCAGUAUAUCAGAGUGCAUUGGAGGAUUUACCAGCUAUGGUUAGACAAUGGUGGAAUAGUCAGGAUAAACGAGUUGCUGCUCAUGUAGAUGGUUUUACCACAAAGUAUGUGACACCAUCUCUUGUUUCACAAGAAAUCCAGUCAAUCCAGAACAGUGAACAAACGCUAGAGAAUCUGACAGUUAAAGGCCGACCAAUAACACGAGAAAUCAUAGCAACAUACACCAUGGAUUUAUCUGAAGAAGUCUCAAUAGAACUUGUUAUUCAGUUACCACCCAAUUAUCCACUUGGUAAAGUUGUAGUAGAUAGCGGUAAGAAGAUUGGUGUUAGUACGUCCCAGUGGAGAAAUUGGAUGUUACAAUUGACAACAUUCUUAGUUCAUCAGAAUGGAUCUGUCAUGGAUGGAUUGACGUUAUGGAAGAGGAACGUUGAUAAACGAUUUGAAGGUUUAGAGGACUGCAUGAUAUGUUUCUCUGUCAUCCAUGGUAGUAGUUAUUCAUUACCAAGACUCACUUGUAGGACGUGUAAAAAGAAAUAUCAUUCAGAAUGUUUGUAUAAAUGGUUCAGUACAAGCAACCAGUCAACAUGUCCUUUGUGCCGGAAUCUCUUCUAGAACAAUGCACA